AACAUAAAUCCCACUUGCUGGUUGCUGGGUUAUCAAGGCAACGUUAGCCAUAUCUUGCAGUGAUUGUAAAUAAUACGAUCGAGUACAUUCUACAACAUUCAAAAUGGUCCAGUUUAAGUUUACAGUGAUAUUCAUAAGCUUUUUUCUUGUGUUCAAGUUAACCUACGCAACAGAUACUAGUCAAGUGUCUACAAACGAAAGGCAAAAUCGUGGAUCGAUAUCCGAAGAGACAUUACAGUCGCAAUUGAUAAAUACUUACGGCAGAAAGUAUGACCGUAUGUUACAGAAACUUUCGAGGUCGAAAAGACUAAGUGAGGGUAAUUCUAGCGAAUCAAGUAGUAUUUCCAGUGAAAAUGGAAACUCGUCCAGCAGUUCAUCUACAGAAAGCCCGCACGUCGUUUAUGAAUUCGGCGCCUCCAAUACUUCUUUAUUCGCGGUGGUGCCAGUUAACGUUUCGCCGUCCGCACCACCCAAUGCGUCCUCCGUCGGACCUUCCGACGCCGCGCCACUGCCGGAAAAAAGUUCUGCUGAGGAUGAGCACAACAGUUCCAUGGCUAUAUUCUUCGUGUUGUGUAUUUUGGCUCUUGGAAUUCUCUUGAUACACAUUAUGCUACAAACUGGCUUCUCCUAUCUGCCUGAGAGUGUUGUUAUUGUUUUCCUCGGAGCCCUAAUCGGAAUGAUCAUAAACAUGAUGUCCAUUCGUAACAUCGCGAAUUGGCGUAAAGAAGAAGCAUUCUCACCAACAGCCUUUUUUUUGGUACUUUUACCACCUAUAAUAUUUGAGUCUGGAUACAAUUUACACAAGGGUAACUUUUUCCAAAACAUUGGUUCAAUAUUGCUAUUUGCUAUUGUUGGUACAGCUAUAUCUGCAUUUGUUAUUGGAGCUGGGAUUUAUUUGUUGGGGUUAGCGCAGGUGGUGUACAAGUUGAGUUUUGUGGAAUCCUUUGCCUUUGGUUCCCUUAUAUCUGCUGUAGACCCAGUGGCUACAGUGGCUAUAUUUCAUGCCCUGGAUGUGGACCCUGUGUUGAACAUGUUGGUAUUUGGAGAGAGUAUACUGAAUGAUGCCGUGGCUAUUGUUUUGACGACUGCUGUGCUCGACUCCAAUGAUCCAUUUAUGUCCACUGGAGAGGCCAUUCUAUCUGCCAUUAACAGGUUUUGGUUAAUGUUCUUUGCAUCAGCUGGUAUUGGUGUCCUCUUUGCACUGGUCAGUGCUCUUCUAUUAAAGCAUGUGGAUUUACGCAAAAAUCCUUCUCUUGAGUUUGGUAUGAUGCUGGUCUUCACUUAUGCACCUUAUGUCCUGGCUGAGGGUAUACAUCUUUCAGGUAUUAUGGCAAUUCUAUUCUGUGGUAUUGUGAUGUCCCACUACACCCACUUCAACCUGUCCACCGUGACACAAGUGACCAUGCAGCAGACAAUGAGAACAUUGGCAUUUAUUGCUGAGACUUGUGUCUUUGCCUAUUUGGGAUUAGCCAUUUUCAGUUUCAAGCACCGUGUGGAACCAGCUCUAGUGGUUUGGAGUUUGGUGAUGUGUCUCCUCGGCAGAGCUGCAAACAUAUUCCCAUUGGCACUACUCUGCAACAAGUUCAGAGAGCACAAGAUCACUAAGAAACAGAUGUUUAUUAUGUGGUUCAGUGGACUCCGAGGCGCCAUAUCGUACGCGCUGUCCCUCCAUCUCGGAUUCUCGGACGAGACGCGCCACGUGAUUAUAACGACCACCCUUAUUAUCGUGCUGUUCACCACGCUGUUCUUUGGGGGAUCUACUAUGCCCCUGUUGAAGUUUUUACGGGCCAACAAGAAAACAAAGAAAUCGCGGUCAUUGCGUAAGCAGAAGGAAGUGAGCUUGUCCAAGACAAAGGAGUGGGGCCAGGCCAUUGACUCGGAGCACCUGUCGGAGAUAACUGAGGAGGAACUGGAGGUGAAUUACUCGCAUGCGACCCGCCUGCGCGGCUUCGUGAGGCUGGACAUCAAAUACCUGAUUCCGUUCUUCACUAGGAGAUUCACGCAUCAGGAACUGAAGGACUGUAAAAGCCAGAUGACCGACCUGACCAACCAGUGGUACCAGGCUAUACGAAUAACAAACGAUCGCGAGACGGAUGAAGAGGACAUCUUGCCGCAAAGCUCUCUGUCUAAUUCCAACACCAGUCUCCAGAGGGGUGUCUAAAAUAUAUGUCUGUAGCCGUGUAGCGCAAGCCAGUAAGCUAUGUAAGUAAAUGCACAGAUGAAUAAUGAAGACUACUAAUCUCCAUAUGAACUAGCUGAGAUAUUUUUAAUAGAUGACAGAAUACUUAAAGCCAUCCCAGCCAGGUCAGACCAGAGGGGUUCUUAUGCUUCAUCUUCAAUAAGGCCGUUUCUAUCCGAAUUUCAGAUGGAAGCGUCCUUAUCGCACUUGAGGCAUAAAGCACCCUUCUGUGAUGGAAAGCCACAUUUUAUGGAACUAAGACCUCGGAUGUGGUGACGCCGUCAAUUGUAACUCUUUAUUUAUCAGGAAAUUAGGGAGUUUUUAUCAAUGACUCAUCUGUUGUUAAAUGUUAAACAUAUUGAUUUAAUCAAUGUUGAUUGUCUGCGCUUCUAAUGUUGAACGUAUAUUUGUGAUUUUUGGAUUAUUAUAGAAAUUAUAAUUUGUUAUUAUUGUAAUUAUAAUUGAGUAUUGUGACAAAGUCAGUGAUUGUGAUAGCAUAUUGUUAGAUUUUCUAAAUAGGUUGUAUAAUGCAUAUUGAAAUUAAAACAGUGCAAUGAUAGCUUUUUGUUUAUUAGAGGGCUGUAGGUUCAGAGCUCUAUAAGGGUUUAUUUAGUAAGAGUCGUUGCAUAAUUUUCAUAUUAUUUUAUACCUAAAAGUAUUUUUUUUUCAGUUUGUAGUUUUGUAAAUAUUUGUACUUAAUUAUUGUACUUUAUUUUGUAUGUAACGUAAUGUACCUAUAAGAUAGUUUUAUAGUCAUUGUGAGUACACAAAUGUGAUAUAAGUUAUUCUUUAAACAAGUGACAACCAUUUGUAUUGCAAAUACGUUCCUACUUAAUACUUAUAUUUUAUAUUAAUUUAUAAAACAGUGAGGGGGAUAUUUCAGUCCUGAACUGGAACAUUUUAUUGUUGAGGUGAGAGUGUAACAACAUUAUAUAUUUAUUAGUUACCAUUAUUUAUUAUUUUAAUGAUGAUGUUAAUGAGUAUAUUGACGAUUUUUUAAAUUAUUAAAAAAAAUACGAAUAAAAGCAAAAACCGCAACAGGGUUGGCAUUUAAUAAGCACUCUUAUAUGUUCUUUUUAGGGUUCCGUACCCAAAGGGUAAAAACGGGCGGACCCCUAUUACUAAGACUCUGCUG